AUGGGGGGUGUGGUGGAGUGGGGCAGGAGGGAGCUGGACGACAUGCCUGUGAUGACAGGUGAGGUCCCCCUAGCAACAGAUAUGAUCCCCCUGAUGACAGGUGUAGUCCCCCUGAUGACAGGUGAGGUCCCUCAGAUGACAGGUGAGGUCCCUCUGAUGACAGGUGUGAUCCCCCUGAUGACAGCUGUGGUCCCCCUGACGACAGGGAGGUUGGAGAAGGACACCACGGCUGCACACAGGAGGCACCAGCUGGGCCCCGGGGCCCCUCCCUCGGCCGUGAGCCCCGGACACCUCAAGGCGGCCAGCGGGAUGGCUGAGCUCCAGAGGAGCCGAUGUGUGGGCGGCCUGCACCAGAAAGGGGACCCCCCGAGCUGCAUCAAGACGCUGUGCAAGGAGCUAGAGCCUGAAGGUCAUGGGAAGGACCUCAGAAGCGACACGGAAGAUGCCCGCUGCCAGGCAAGCCCGGAGGAGCAGCGCCAGGACGCCGCUGGGCAGGUGCGGGGGCGUUGGAAGGAGGCGGAGCCCGAGGCCAGCGGCCAGGAGGAGCCGGACGGCAGGGAGGGCGCAGACAAGCGCGCCCUGGAGGCCAAGGAAGGGGAGCCAGAGUCCGUACAGCUGGGUGACCUCCUGGAAAAAGAGAAGCCAUCUGUGUUUGUGGAGGUUGAUCUGGGAGACGGAUCAGAGGAGGUGAUCACAUGUGCCAUGAAAGAAGAGAAGCAGUCCCAGAUGGACAUGGGGGAUUUGUCAGAGGACGAGAUCGAGACCAGCUGGGUGUGCUGCAUCCCAUACUCCACCAGGAAGAAGGUGGAGGAGAGCUCAUAGCAGCCGGAGAAGGGUUGGCCAGGCCGGGAGGGGCGAGGGACGAAGCCAGCGGCCCUGAGAGACGCCACGCAGACCUGGUGCCGUUACCACCCCACGUGUGACGUCCCUACCACCGCGAAGUGAUGACGCCACCUUUAAAAAGGGCUCAGUAAAGCACGAACGGAAGACGUUGUCCCUCUCCAGGGGCCCUGUCCCUUCUUUCCACACACCCUGUCCUGUGAAAUGUAAGUUAGGGGGGAGAUGCAGCUCAGGGAUGGAUGGCACGGGUGGCCGCACCUCCCAGGUCAGUGGUCGCGCAGCCCCGCACUCAGCCCCAACGAGGGCUGCCACCAGGGCACGGUGGGACCCCAGGCAUUGGUCCCCAAGCACCGGGGGCAGGCGUCCUUGCAGCUGGAACUGGGCGCCUCGAGGGCCACGUGGAGGAGAUGAAGCCGCAGGGAGGUGCUGCUUGUGGGAGCGGGGAGGGGCGUCAGGGGUCGGGGAGCCGCACCAGGGAGACCCGACGGGCUUCGAGGCUCCUCUGUUCAACCAGCUGAGGCUCUGCAGCCUGUCCCAGGCCAUUCCUGUGGUUCAGCCCAAGACUAAGGACGCGGUGGCCCCCAGGCCCCCAGCAGCAGGCACAGCCUCCUGAGCAAGUGCUCCCUGUCCCUGCCCGCUGGGUGGCAGCUCCUGGCUCUGGCACCAGCCCCCGAGUAAGGCAGAGAGGAGCUUCCGGAGAGUCCGCGGAGGAGGCUGUCUGGGCUGCAGUCAUUUUACCGGUCCCUCUGCUCCCGGGGCUCAGCCACAGCAGGCCAGGAGGGGGACCGGCCCCCGGCCAGCCCUCGCCCUGGUCUGUCCGUGUCCACCUCUGGCCGCCGCGGACAGCUGGCCUCGUUCAGAGCCACGUGCCGCCUGUCCGGCCAUGGAGGGGCCCCGGGGGGGCAGGGCGGCCUCACACGUGUGCACAACCCGGCUGGCUUGGCGGUGACCUUUCACCUCCCGUGUCGGCUGGGGUGCCUGCGGGGAGCCGGUCCGGCCAGCGCCAUGGGAACCUGCAGGGCCGGCCGCAGGCAUGGAGGUGGCGGCUCCUGUCUCCUGCCCGCGGGCCAGGCUCCAGCCCGGUGGGUGGACGCGGCCCCGGGGGCCUCCUUCUGGCGCCCCCAGGCCCGCCGAGGCCCAUAGAGCAGGCGCUACCCAUGGAGCCCGACCACAGCCCUGCGUCGCCCACCUCUGCAUCCUGCCAGGGAGCACGCCAGUCCCAGGGGUGAUGAGGGCGUGACACGGGCCUUGCAGAUUUAGAAAGAGCCGACGACCUGGAGGGAAGCUGUAGGAUCUAGGGCAGUAGGAACCAUUAGCUCGCCGUUGGCGACUCCAUGCGCUCAUGUCAGACCAGGAGGGAAGCCGGAGCCUCCAGCCUGAGCCGCCCUGGUGGCCGUCGGAGCUGUUUCUGCCCAUCGCGCUGCUUGGAGCUCGGCAGGGGGCCAGCCUGGCCUUUGUGGUGUUUACAUUUAGGGAGGGUUGCCCCCAGCCUCCCCCUGCUCGGAGGCCCCGGUCCUCAGGGUCCCCCGACUCAGCCUGCAGGGGCGCCUAUGCAAGCUCCCCAGAGGCUGGGCCCCCUGUCGCCUGACCCGGCUUCCUCCUCCGUCCCCGCUGGCCCCCCAGCUACUCAGACACCAGUGAAUGAGAGGCUGCAGGGCCCCCCCCCAACCCGGGGCAGGGACAGCCCCGACACCUCUGGUGGACGCCAGCCGCACGCUGGUGCCCGUCCUGCCUGGGCCCCGGAGCACCACGCCAGUGCCUCCUGCUUGCCUCUCCCAUUAGUAUUCUCCCCUGAAUCACAUAUGCGUUUUCACUGUGGGAAACGUGGGAACCAGCAAAAAGCAUCUAGCCUGUCAUCUCGUCAGAUUACCUCCAGAUUAUCGCUGUUAGAAUUUCCAUCUAUCUCUCGAGUGUUUCCUCUCUCUUGAUGUAUGUAGAGCGAGCUAUAUGUGGA